CGUAAAGAUAAUCUCAUUGCCAGAGAACGUGAAGUUCAGAGUCAACCAGUGACUGACUGAAGGGCGUGCAAAAUGGCAGCAGAACCCGAGCUGCAGGGACCCCAACAUUCCUGACUCUCAGUUCAGUUCUUUAUUUCCUGAAAUGUCAGGUAGAGCAGCUCUGGUGAGACUAGGGAAAAUGGAGGCGUGGCCCCGGCGCUCAGGAAGUUCUCAAAUGAAAGAACUGGGGUCCAGAGGAGAGGUUGAACAAGAAAGAAGUGAGGCGGGAGGGCAGAGAAGGGAAGGAAGAGAAAUGGAAAUCAGGAUGUGCACGUCGAACUCGCCAAGCACAUUGUCUCCUCGGAGCCCUAGCUCUUGCUGCACCCUUUACCUGGGAUGCUCACUCAGAAGUCUACACCAGCUCAAGUUUCUGCUCAGAGAAAACUACUCUGACACCCCCAGGUGGUCAUCAUUCCGUCGUCUCUUUGUUGUUUUUAUUUAAUAUGAAAGCACUUAUUACCACCUGACGUAUGACUCCAGGGAUUCUUAAGCUGGGGUGUGAUUCAUGAAUGGGCUCAAAGAAGUCUGUGAACCUCCUGAAAUGUUAAGUAAAAUUUAGCGGAUGUCAGAAAGAGUUGACUGGUUACAAAGCCAAAAUGGAGUAUGCAAAGUUGAUGUCUAUUCACCUGGAGACAGCCAGCCCCAGGACUGGAAAAUGUCGGAUGAAUCCUUGUCUAUUUUUAAGGAAGCCUCAACUGAUCCUAUCAGAGUGCUCAGCUGGCUCCGCAGAGACCUGGAAAAAAGUACAGCAGGAUUCCAAGAUGUUAAGUUCAAACCUGGAGAAUCCUCCUUAGGUGGGGAAAUGAGCAACUUAGGAGACCCCUGCAAGGGUUUCUCUGUGGACUAUUACAAUGCCACCAACAAGGGCAGUCCAGGAAGGUUGCAUUUUGAGAUGACUCACAGAGAGAACCCCAUCCAGGGCCCCAGUGUCCAACUUGGUAAUGGGAGUUCAGUAGAUGAAGUUUCUUUCUAUGCUAAUCGCCUCACAAAUCUAGUCAUAGCCAUGGCCCGCAAGGAGAUCAAUGAGAGGAUAGAUGGUUCUGAAAACAAAUGUGUCCAUCAGUCAUUAUACAUGGGAGAUGAACCCGCGCCCAACAAAAGCUUGAGUACGGUGGCAUCAGAACUGGUGAAUGAGACUGUCUCUGCAUGUUCCAAGAAUGCUACCUCAGAUAAGGCUCCAGGCUCUGGUGACAGAGCCUCAGGAUUAUUACAGAGUCCCCCAAAUUUGAAAUAUAAGACCACUCUGAAGAUCAAGGAGAACACCAAGGAAAGCAAGGGUGCAGAUGAUAAGCCUCCUUCUAGAAAGUCUUUCUUCUACAAGGAGGUGUUUGAAUCUCGUAAUGCAGGUGAUGCCAAAGAGGGUGGAAGGUCCUUAUCUGGGGAGAGAAAGAUGUUCAGAGGACAAGAAAGGCCUAAUGACUUUACAGCUUCCGUUAGUCAAGGGAUCAUGACCUAUGCUAAUAGUGUGGUAUCUGAUAUGAUGGUGUCCAUCAUGAAGACACUGAGGAUCCAUGUGAAGGACACAACCAUUGCCACCAUUCUGCUAAAGAAGGUACUGCUCAAGCACGCAAAAGAGGUCGUCUCAGAUCUUAUUGACUCCUUCAUGAAGAACCUCCACAAUGUCACAGGGACCCUCAUGACUGAUACAGACUUUGUCUCAGCUGUAAAAAGAAGUCUGUUCUCUCACGGAAGCCAGAAGGCCACAGAUAUCAUGGAUGCCAUGCUUGGUAAGCUAUACACUGUAAUGUUUGCAAAGAAACCUCCUGAAAAUGUCAGGAAAACUAAGGACAGGUCUGAGAGUUACUCCCUUGUCUCCAUGAAAGGAAUGGGUGACCCUAAAAACCAAAAUGCAAACUUUGCAGCCAUGAAAUCUGAAGGUAAAUUGAGGGAAAAAGUGUACUGUCCUGCAUCCAAACCUGAGGAGAAGUCUUGUGUUGAAACUCUGGGUGAACACAUUAUCAAAGAAGGAUUGACACUUUGGCGUAAAAGUCAGCAAAAAGAAGGAAGAUCUCCAGGUUUCCAAAGGGCAACAUUUGCAGCUCCCAACAAACAGUACAAGCCUGUACCAGACAUUCCUCUGGACUAUCCUUUGGAUACUUCCAACCUCAGCCCCCCUGUGCAUCACCAAGAGAAACCUGAGAAUUUUAUGUGUGAUUCAGACUCCUGGGCCAAGGACCUGAUCGUAUCUGCCUUACUUCUGAUUCAAUACCACCUGGCCCAGGGAGGAAGCAUGGAUGCACAGAGCUUCAUUGAAGCAGCUGGCAGUACCAACUUGCCUGCCAGCAAGUCCCCUGUAGUUUCUGAUGAGUCCAGCCCCAAGUCUCCUCAAAUGGGAGGUGACCAAGAGGAAGCAGAAAAGAAGGAUCUGAUGAGUGUUUUCUUUAACUUCAUCCGGAAUUUACUUGGUGAGACCAUUUUCAAGAGUGACCGUAGCUCUGAACCCAAGGUGCCAGAAAAGCCAAUUAAGGAAGAAUGUAGCCACCAGAGUGAAAGACCUGUAACCCCUUCUCCCAUCAAAUUAAGUGAAGGUGAUGAGGCUGGUGGUCCCUUUGCUGGGCUGACCAAGAUGGUUGCUAGCCAGCUAGAUGGCCACAUGAAUGGGCAAAUGCUAGAACAUCUGAUGGACUCAGUGAUGAAGUUAUGUCUCAUUAUUGCCAAAUCCUUUGACUCUCCCUUGGCAGAGCUGGGGGAUGAUAAGUCUGGGGAUGCAAGCAGACCAACUUCAGCCUUCCCAGAUAGUUUAUAUGAGUGCUUACCCGUCAAGGGCACAGGGACAGCAGAGACUGUCCUGCAGAAUGCCUAUCAAGCUAUCCAUAACGAGUUGAGAGGUAUGUCAGGACAGCCCCCUGAAGGGUAUGCAGCACCCAAAGUGAUUGUCAGCAAUCAGAGCCUAAGUGAUACCGUUCAGAACAAGCAACUCCAAGCCGUACUUCAGUGGGUCGCCGCCUCUGAACUCAAUGUCCCUAUUUUGUACUUUGCUGGUGAUGACGAAGGAAUCCAGGAGAAGCUACUUCAGCUCUCGGCUGCUGCUGUGGACAAAGGACGCAGCGUAGGUGAGGUCCUGCAGUCAGUGCUGCGCUAUGAGAAGGAGCGACAGCUGGAUGAGGCGGUGGGAAAUGUUACUCGACUGCAGCUGCUGGACUGGCUGAUGGUGAACCUGUAAUCGGCGCCCACCUACUGCUCUCCCCUCCCCCUCCCUUAGUAUCUCCACAGCUCCGCUCUCCAUAUCCUUACAGAGCCCUAACAUUAUCUUCAUACCACUCACAUCAAAGACAUGUCAUCUUAUGCUAGCCACUGGAUUUUGCAGAUUUUCCUGUCCAUGCAAGCAAGGACACAAGAUUAAAAAAAUUACAAUUAAAGGGCUCCCAGUGUUUGGUUUCCUUGGGAUCCAAUGGGACAAUGAGGUAAAGAAACUUCAGGGAUUAAAAAAUUAUCAGAUGGAUAGCAGAAGAAAAAUAAUGCUGUCCUGAGAGGCCCUGGCUAAGGUCAUUCAUCCUAUUUCUAGGUAUCUGAUCUAGUCCACAACUUGAAGAUCCCCUGCCUUAAAGUGUUCCUAAGAAUAAGCAGUUACAAUUUAUUUUAUAACCAUGUAAAUCACAGCAUAUUCUCUCUUCAGCCUAAAUCAUUCUAAUUAUGAUAUUGAGGACAUGGCUGCUUCUCCUGUCUCUGUAGAGUUGCAGAACACUUGUCUCCCUCUACUUUAUCCAUGGUUGAACAUAGCUAGUGUCAAAAAAGAUCCAGAAGAUCUGAGUUCUAUUGCCAAUUCUGUACUUUUCUGGCUCUAAGACCUGGGACAGGUCCUAGGAAGUCACCUGUUAUGACACUUCUCCCAUUUAAUAUCCAUAUCACCCCACUUAAGAGGGCAUUUUCUAUUCUUAUCCUGACCUUUCUGUGGAGUUUUAUAUUUUUUAUCUUUCUAGAAACUUUCUCCUUUGGUUUCUAAUUUUUGGGUUGUUUUGUUUUGUUUUACAUCUCUUGGGGAUUCUAGUUAACUCCAUCACCCCCAGCAUAUUUAUCUUUCCUACUUUCUUUUGACCCUCUGCUAUUCUCAUUCUGUUUCACCUCUCCUGGGUGAUCUUAUCCAAACCCACUGCUUCAAUUAUCUGGUGUCCUCCUUCAUGAAAUAUUACACAGUAAUUAAAAUAAAAACUAGAAAGCCAGGUAUAUUUUCCAUGUUGUUUAUGAGGUUAUGAUCUUAAGAAGUUUCUUAUAAAAUUAUAUCUGUUCUACAAUUAGAAUCAUAUAGAGAUUAUAUAUUCAUAUAGAGAAGAACUAGAAAACCAAACAAAGGAGAUUUUGAGGAUGGUGGAUGAGUGAAUAUAUCUUAUUGUUUAUUCAGCUACCCCUCCUCUGGGAAAUACUCUGUCCCCUACUCUGUGGUGCCACCAUCUUCACAGUGUGGACUUGCGACCCAACCCGUCCAAUCACAGGAUCCCAAUAUCUCAGACAUAGUGCCUGGUUCAAGCCCAAUCAUUUCUGAGACUCUCCUGCCAGCACUGCAUCUUUUGACUGAACAAUGGUGGUCACUUUAACUUCUGGGCAGAACUUGUCUUUAGAAUGAAAACCACAAAAAGAAGCAAGGCUGAGGGGGAAUCUGAGCCCUAUGACCUUGUCUGAAUUUUUAGACUCUACAAUGUCUGAAAUUACACUUAGCCGUCCUGAUUUCCCAAUUAUAUAAACAAAUGUCCUUUGUUGCUUAACCUAGUUACAAGCUAAAUUCAGUGAUUUUAUCCAAACCCACUGCUUUAA